CGGCCGCCGCUCGGUGAACCCCCCCGGGAACCCUCACCCCACCCCUCCCUCACCCCUCUAAGCCGGGGCGAACCCCCCCCUUCCCCCCGCUCCUUCCCGGUGCCGCCGCCAUGCAGCCACCACCGGGAACUCCCCGGGUUUAAGGAUUUCGGUGUUGGAGUCUCCGUGAGCAGUGCCACAGGACCAGCGCCAGCUGUGAGGACAGCCCGGCAGCGGGGCACCCGCGGGCCCCAUGCUCUGCUCGCCCCCGGGACCCCGCACCUGAGAGCCCCCCGCAGCAGAGAGCCCACCAUGGCCAGCAACAGCAGCUCCUGCCCCACGCCGGGUGGGGGGCACCUCAAUGGCUACCCUGUGCCCCCCUACGCCUUCUUCUUCCCACACAUGCUGGGGGGGCUCUCGCCGCCCAGCACCCUGGCUGGCAUCCAGCACCAGCUUCCCGUCAGUGGAUACAGCACCCCGUCACCUGCCACCGUCGAGACGCAGAGCACCAGCUCGGAGGAGAUCGUGCCCAGCCCCCCGUCGCCCCCGCCCCUGCCCCGCAUCUACAAGCCCUGCUUCGUGUGCCAGGACAAGUCCUCGGGGUACCACUAUGGGGUCAGCGCCUGCGAGGGCUGCAAGGGCUUCUUCCGCCGCAGCAUCCAGAAGAACAUGGUGUACACGUGCCACCGGGACAAGAACUGCAUCAUCAACAAGGUGACACGCAACCGGUGCCAGUACUGCCGGCUCCAGAAGUGCUUCGAAGUCGGAAUGUCCAAGGAGUCCGUCCGCAAUGACCGGAACAAGAAGAAGAAGGACGUGCCCAAGCCGGAGUGCUCGGAGAGCUACAUCAUCACACCUGAGGUGGAGGAGCUCAUCGAGAAGGUGCGCAAGGCCCACCAGGAGACCUUCCCCGCGCUCUGCCAGCUCGGCAAAUACACUACGAACAACAGCUCGGAGCAGCGCGUGUCCCUGGACAUCGACCUGUGGGACAAGUUCAGCGAGUUGUCCACCAAGUGCAUCAUCAAGACCGUGGAGUUUGCCAAGCAGCUCCCCGGCUUCACCACGCUCACCAUCGCCGACCAGAUCACCCUCCUCAAAGCCGCCUGCCUCGACAUCCUGAUCCUGCGGAUCUGCACGCGCUACACGCCGGAGCAGGACACCAUGACCUUCUCAGACGGGCUGACGCUGAACCGCACGCAGAUGCACAACGCGGGGUUCGGGCCCCUCACCGACCUGGUCUUCGCCUUCGCCAACCAGCUGCUGCCGCUGGAGAUGGACGACGCCGAGACGGGGCUGCUCAGUGCCAUCUGCCUCAUCUGCGGAGACCGCCAGGAUCUGGAGCAGCCUGACAAGGUGGACAAGCUGCAGGAGCCACUGCUGGAGGCACUGAAGAUCUACGUGAGGAAGAGGAGGCCCAACAAGCCCCACAUGUUCCCCAAGAUGCUCAUGAAGAUCACAGACCUGCGCAGCAUCAGCGCCAAGGGCGCCGAGCGGGUGAUCACGCUGAAGAUGGAGAUCCCGGGCUCGAUGCCGCCGCUCAUCCAGGAGAUGCUGGAGAACUCAGAGGGCAUGGACACGCUGGGGGGGCAGGCGGGCGGCCCCCGCGGGGGCAGCCUGGGGCCCCCCCCGGGCAGCUGCAGCCCCAGCCUUUCGCCCAGCUCCAACCGCAGCAGCCCGGCCACGCACUCGCCGUGACCCGCGCCCGGCGCGCGCCAGGACAGAGCCCGGCCCGGCUGCGGCCCCCCCGGGGCGGACUCCUGGGCAGCCCCCGCGGGGACCCCCCCAGCCCCGGGCCCAGCGCCUUGGUUGAGUCACAUUUCAGGGGCGCGGGGACCUCGGCCGCGGCCCCGGGGACGCCCCGGCCCCACCAGCACCAGCACCCACGGGAUCGCGACCACCGAGCCACCCCCGCCCCGCCCCGGCCGUCCGCGGAGGGGGGCCCGGCCAGCCCCGCACGCCGAGGAAGCAGAGUCAUUUAAAAGAGAAAAGAAAGCAAAGUAUAUAUAUAUAAAUAUCUAUAAAUAUCUAUAAAUACGUUUUAAAA